GCGGUCUUUGAAUGCACCUGAGAGGGAGGGUCUAGUCAGUUAUCUGUAGGCUGCUUCUCGGCCGUUCACUCUGAUUACGGCUCCUGAGGAAAAAGGGCGACCACAGGAGGGGAAACACGGAGCUCUUCGCUACUUUGAGAGGAUACGUCUGAGAGAGAUGGCUGCAAUCAGAAAGAAGCUGGUGAUAGUUGGGGAUGGUGCGUGUGGGAAAACCUGCCUGCUUAUUGUCUUCAGUAAGGACCAGUUCCCAGAGGUCUACGUCCCCACUGUGUUUGAGAACUACAUCGCUGACAUUGAAGUUGAUACCAAACAGGUGGAGUUGGCAUUGUGGGAUACAGCAGGUCAGGAAGACUAUGACAGAUUGAGGCCUCUCUCCUACCCUGACACAGACGUAAUCCUCAUGUGUUUCUCCAUAGACAGUCCCGACAGUUUAGAGAACAUUCCUGAGAAAUGGACACCUGAAGUGAAGCACUUUUGUCCCAAUGUCCCAAUCAUCCUCGUGGGCAACAAGAAGGACCUUAGGAAUGAUGAACACACACGCAGAGAGCUGGCCAAGAUGAAACAGGAACCAGUAAAGCCUGAAGAGGGCAGAGACAUGGCCAACCGCAUCAGUGCCUUUGGCUACCUGGAGUGUUCAGCCAAGACCAAGGACGGAGUGCGGGACGUGUUUGAGAUGGCGACCAGAGCGGCACUGCAGGUGCGCAAGCGUAAGAAGAGGGGUGGCUGCCAGAUUCUGUGAACAGCCAGAGUGUGUUGGCCACAGCACCUGAGGGAGGACUAGCCCCUCCCCGACACACAGAGCAAACCUAGCGAAACCUUAAAUCAAUGGCUUCCAUGGACUUCACAGACGCAGAUGUGCCGCCGGCAAAUAUGAAAGACUGACACACCUGUUUAAAAGCAAAACAAAUCAGCCUUCUUUUUUUUAAAGCAGCCUCCUCUGCAGCUCACUCUGUUAUUGCUUCUUUCCUGUUUGUUCUCUACCAGAACACAAGCUUGUUUGAAGGACCAACCCGCUUACUUUACUUUUAUAUGUAUGUUUGUAUUUAUGUGCAUAUACUUUAUAAAUGUCAUGCAUUGGGCACUGUGUUAUGUUUGUUUACAGAGAAGGGUUUUGUGGACUUUCUCUCACAGCUACGAGCUGCACACAGCUUUACUUCUGCUGUUUUCCUCUGCUUCUCUUCAACCUGUGUGUGCCACUUAGUCUCCUUUUAUACAUCAGCUUCAGUCCUGAUUCCUUUUUUUUGUCAGACAAUUUAUUUUAGACCCCGAAAGUUCUAUUUCACCAAGUGCUGUGUCAGCAGAGUGCUGUUUUCCACAGCUUUCUCUUCUGACACAAAGGACUAAAUUUACAGCCUGUUCACACUUCAUUAAUCCACUGAAACCUACAUAAAGUAAUGCAGGAGUGACUGUAUGGAGAGGCUUUGGCCUUCACCUUGGUCUCUGUCUUUCUCCAUGGCGAUGGCUUAAACUGGCACUGCAGACAGUGGUCUAUUGUCUUGGACACAAUAUGUGCAGUCGUGCUCACACUGGCUCUGGCAGACAUCAUUACAGCUUCCCCCCAAUGAGCCCUGCAUCCUGCCUGUACUGUUUGAGGUCCAGUAUACAGUCAUCUCACAAUACUGUGUACUGGACUCACUGUGGAUGAAUGCACACAAUAUACAGCCAUAUUAAUAUUAUAUAACAUCAGCCUAGUCUGUGUGUAAAAGUAGCUGACAACUAGAUUAGCAGCUCAAACAUCAUUGCGUGGUGUACAGGAGCCCUUAGUCACUGUAUGGUCGUUCUUUGAGUUGUGAACAGGCAAAAACCAGAGUAACAGUGAUGUCUUUUGGCCCUAAGCUAGAACCGUAAAGCUGAAGAGAUUUUACACCAAUGUGGCAAAACUGUAAAACAGAAUUUGAAUAAAAUAAAAACAUAUUGGGGAAUGAAACGCCAGAGUUUACGCAUGUCUCUCCUUCAGAGCCAAAAUAAAGAAGUACAGGGCAAAGGCUGUAUGCACUCCUGCUCAGAAAGAGCCCAGAUCAAAUUGUUUGUGUAUUACAUCGUACAAAUAUUCAUCUUGCCACAAUAACAAAAGCAAGAUGUUCCUAUACUUGGAGUGGGCACUUGGAGUGGGCGCGGGCUAAUGUCUGGCCAGUGGCUCUGUCUUAAAUGUCACAACGAAAUUUGAGAAAAUGUUGAUUGAAGCUGCUUUACAAACAGGAGCAGGAAGUUUUGAAUGUCUGAAACAUGACAAACAUGUUAAUAAAGUAUUUUUGAAAUACUA